AUGGGCAGUACCAUUGAACUUAAUAAUAUCCUUGAUGAGUUUGAAGCAUUAGUCCCCUUUGCCAUUCCUGUUGCCUUGGGUGCUCUUUCUUUGCUCUUCCUAUAUUUCAUCAAGGGACUCAUCUUUGCCCAGAAGAAAGGAUAUGCCAAACUCCCUCCUGUGCCAGUGGUUCCUGGGCUGCCAUUGAUAGGGAAUUUGCUGCAACUGAAAGAGAGGAAGCCCUACAAGACUUUUACAAAGUGGGCCGAGACGUAUGGCCCAAUCUAUUCUAUCAGGAAUGGUGCUUUCACUUUGGUCGUUCUCAAUUCCACCGAUGUCGCCAAAGAGGCCUUGGUGACCAGACAUUCGUCCAUUUCAUCGAGAAAGCUAUCGACGGCACUAAAGAUCCUAACUUUCGACAACGCCUUGGUUGCAGCAUCUGACUACAACGAUUUUCACAAGAUGGGAAGAAGUCACAUGGUCACAAAUAUUCUUGGAACCAAUGCUCAGAAACGACACCGAAGCCACAGAGAUACCCUGAGAGAAAAUGUUGCAAGCCAAUUACAUGUUCAUGUAAACAAGUCUCCUCAAGAAGCUGUAAAUUUCAAGAAAAUGUUCGAGUAUGAACUCUUUGGAUUGUCGUUGAAGCAAGCCUUAGGACAGAACAUAGAAGACUCAGUUUAUGUGGAGGAGCUUGGAACUACAUUGUCAAGAGAUGAGAUUUUCAAGAUUCUAGUGUCUGAUGUACUGGAUGGUGUACUUGAGGUUGAUUGGAGAGACUUGUUUCCAUACUUGAGAAGAUGGGUUCCCAACAACAAGAGCUUGGAAAUGAAGAUCCAGGGCAUCUAUUUUCGGAGGAAAGCAGUGAUGAAUUCCCUGAUCAAGGAGCAGACCAACCGAAUUGCUUCAGGAGAGGAAGUAAACAGUUUCCUGGAUUACUUGCUUUGUGAAGCAAAAACUCUUACAACGGAGCAAAUUACUAUUUUUGUUUGGGAGGCAAUUCUUGAGGCGGCGGAUACUACAUUGGUAACCACAGAAUGGGCUAUGUAUGAACUUGCUAAAGAUCAAAAUCUACAGGGUCUUCUGUAUGAGGAAAUCAAAAACGUUUGUGGAUCCGAUAAGAUCACUGAGGAACAUUUGUCCCAGCUGCCAUACCUUAAUGCUGUUUUCCAUGAAAGUUUAAGGAAGCACAGUCCAGCUUCGGUAGCACUUUUAAGAUAUGCACAUGAAGAUACUCAGUUAGGAGGUUACUAUAUUCCAGCUGGAACAGAGAUUGCUUUGAAUAUAUACGGGUGUAACAGGGACAAGAACGAAUGGGAGAGCCCUGAAGAAUGGAAGCCAGAGAGAUUCCUUUUGGACAAGGAGAAAUGUGAUCCAACGGAUUUUUACAAGACCUUGGCGUUUGGAGCUGGAAAGAGGGCCUGCGCUGGUUCUCUUCAGGCAAUGCUAAUAGUAUGCACCAGCAUUGGCAGGUUGGUGCAGGAGUUUGAGUGGAGGCUGCCGAGAGGUGGAGAGGAAGAAAAUGAUGAUACUGCUACCUUCACCACUCACAAGCUCCAUCCAUUGCAUGCAAUCCUCAAACCCAGAAAUCACCAUUCACUAGUUAGUUAG